AUGAUGGCUAAUUACUUGGUGUGUGUGUGUGCACGUGCGUGGGAGUACUAGGUCUUGAUUAGAAUUGACCAAUGCUUCAGUCCUUUCACAGGCGUCAAAGUCAGAUAACAAAAAUAGAUUAGUGCCAGUAGCCUACAGUAUCUGACUGCCUGCCAUGCCCACGGACGGAUCCUGAAAAAACGGUACCACAUGCUGAUGUCAGUCUCCCACAAUCACUGACAGACGUUAUAGACAAAUCAUCCCUUUGAAAGAUUUGCAUGCCGUAUAGACUCCCAAUAUAGAUCAAUACAGAGAUAUAAAAUGAAUUCACCUGUUUGCAUUCAUCAACAGCAGUUGAAGCUCUGACAAACACAGAGUGACUUAAUAAACCUAAGCGAUACUGGCAAGAGCAGGUUUUCUUUUCUUUAAGGAUCGAUCAACAGUCCCACGUUGACAAAACCUAAAGACAACCAACUGUAAAACUCCUUCCAACAUAUACUGUAUCCACACCAUAUGCCAUAUUACACAUACGUUCCCUAAUUACUUUCACAGAGUCAGCCUCUGUCUGGGUGUUGAUAUAGAUGGUCCACUGUGGCCCAUUAAUUCCAGCUUCUGGUCUAGCAGCUCUGUAGAGGACCAGACAGGAGAGGUGAGACCAGGAGCAACUAUGGGUGCAUUCCAACUGGUACCCUAUUCCCUAUGUAGUGCACUAUUUUUUACCAGGCCAAGGGCUCUGGUCGAAAGUUGUUCGCUAUGUAGGGAAUAUGGUGCAAUUUUGGGACACAGCCUGUGUCUAGAAUGCUCAAUGGGUAGCAGUCUAAUGAGGUAUUUUCUUUUUGUUUUCCAAGAUCUUUGCCGUCUGUGCAUUUGCAACAUGUGGAGGAUACUCUGGUCACCUGCGGGUUAAAGUGGAAUGUCUAGACAAGAGCCAGAGCAACCUCAGCAUCACCGUAAACUUUGCCUAUCCCUUCAGGUAAUACAUGCUGACAUGUUUUUCCACAGUCUGACUACUAUACUUGUACCCAUUUUAUUGUGGUUCAUGGUCAAAAUUCUCCAAAACAUGAAUUCAACAGAAUUUACAUUGAAAUACACUACAGUCAUGUGCAAACUGGAGCAGAAGGCUCAUACCAUUGUCACAUGUCCUUUCUCACACAUGGGUAUGUCACGUUGAGAGACAAGUCACAUUUAUCCAGAUAAAUGCUCUACAACACCUGACUAAGAGACAUUCUCUAAUCUACUGUGCAUGUGGGGAUACAGCCUUGAUGAGACAAUGAUAGUGUUGUUUUCUGCCUGUGAAUGUGUUUUGAAAGAUAGGGUGGCAAUGUGGUGGCUGAGUUUUAUUUUUCAUCUAGAAAAGAUGGAUGAAAAAGAAAACAACAUUGAGUUGAUGAAAUAUGGAGCUGUCAGACAGACAGUGGUGUCAGAGUCGUUGUCUGACCCCCAGAAGUUAAAAAAAAUGGCUAUGUGAUGUCUCUAUUGCACAAAAAUAGGCGUAUUGUAGCCUACCCAUACUGUAAAAUAUUUUAAAUAGGCUACUGGUCUGUUUGCUUUCCAGCAUGCUUGUCUAUUGGAGCGAUGGACAAAUGGGAGCCUAAUAUUUGCUGUGUAGCAGGAAUAAACCCCAUCAUGUCAGAAAAUAUGAUUAUGAUUUAGGCCUAUAUAAUACAAUUAAAAGAAACAUAUUACGCUAUACAUGCUGUCAUGCAACAUCCUUACCAACGGCAAAUGCAUCGAUAUUAUCAUAGGCUUACGCUCUAAUGUUUUGAUUAUCAAACCAUAAUUCCCGUGUGUCAAACACCUCCAUUUUCCCCAAAUUAACAAUAGAAGCAUGUAAUACAAUUCUUCAACCACUAGACGUGCAAACGCAUGGUCUGAGCUGUGCAUGGAGAUACGCACACUUACCCGUCAACUUCAAAAUGGAUAAAUACCAACCUUUGUGGGAAACCUGGCGCAUGCAAGGUUUAGUCUCUUUUUGUGUGCAAACACCUUUGAUAAAUGAGGCCCCUAGAGAUCAGUGGAAAGAUGUAUAAUUGAGACUCCUGAGCAUCAUGUGGUGACUCUGAGGAAUACAUAUACCCCUAUCUCCUUAGAUGUGUCUUCUCUCUCUCCCCUCUCCCCCUUUCUCUUCUCCCGCCCUCCCUCCCUCCCUCCCUCCCUCCAUCCCUCUCUCCCUCCAUCCCUCUCAAAGCCUGUCAAAUCAGGUCAGAUCCCAUUAGUAAUGGAAGGAUUUCACCUCCAACCUAGUAACGAAAUAACGUCUUUGUUGUUGUAAUUUCACAAAUGGAUCUGGCAGUUUCACUGCUAAGUUUUAAAUUACUUACACUGUGAUCAGAGCCUUGCAUUACUCAAUUAAAGUUUUUAACUGUGACCAUGUUCCUUGUUCCUGUCAUCUAAUAGGUUACAGCAGAUCCAUUUCAAGCCCACACUGUGUGAGGGGAACAGACAGGAGACCAUCUUCCUGGUAGGAGACUACUCCUCCUCAGCUCAGUUCUUUGUGACUGUGGCAGUCAUUGCCUUCCUCUACUCCCUGCUGGCCACCGUGGUGUACAUCUACUACCAGAACAAGUACCGCGAGGGUAACAGAGGGCCACUGGUGGUGAGUUGAUUUAUUUAUCAAGAGCUGCCUUUGGUUCAUUCAUGCCAUGGGAUUUGUAUAAUUUAUGUGUGUAUUAAUUGAGAUACAUUACAUUUAAUAAUUUACAGGGCAAGUGUAGCUUAGCAUAUAAAGAAAUGUGAUUCAAGAUGAUUACCUAUGAAAGGUGUGUGUUACUGCUGUUACUCCUGCUGUUACUCUUGCUGUUACUCCUGCUGUUACUCCUGAUGUUACUCCUGCUGUUACUCCUGCUGUUACUCAUGAUGUUACUCCUGCUGUUACUCCUGCUGUUACUCCUGCUGUUACUCCUGAUGUUACUCCUGAUGUUAGUCCUGCCUUUUUGUCCCAUAUCCCUUUAAAUUUCAUUUAUAACUUCACCCUAUUCUCUUCCUCAACUCUCACAAUCUCAUUAAAUCUGAUAAUAACCUCCUCCAUCUCUCCCUCCUAACCAGGACUUUGUAGUGACCGUGCUCUUCGCCUUCAUGUGGUUGGUAAGCUCCUGUGCCUGGGCCAAAGCUCUGUCUGAUGUGAAGUCAGCCACAGAUCCCACCCAGGUCCUCCUGCUCAUCUCCGCCUGCAGACGCCCAGCCAACCGGUGUUCAGCUUCCCACCACCCAGUCUGGUCUGAGCUCAACACGUCUGUGGUGAGUCAUUGGUUGCAUCCCUAAUGGCACCCUAUUCUCUAUAUAGUGCACUACUUUAGACCAGAGCUCUAUGGGUCCUAGUCAAAAGUAGUGCACGUUAUAUGGCAGGGGUAUUCAACUCUUACACUACGAGGUCCGGAGCCUGCUGGUUUUCUGUUCUACCUGAUAACUAAUUGCACCCACCUGGUGUCCUAGGUCUAAAACAAUCAUUUUCUGAUUCUGAAUCUGUCAUUUUUAUGUUUAGACCCAAACUCUAAAUACCCUCUUUCUAUACCUCUAUGCAGGUCUUUGGUUUUGUAAACUUUAUCCUCUGGGCCGGCAACAUCUGGUUUGUUUUCAAAGAGACAGGCUGGUACAAGACAGGCCAGAGGUACCCAAUGAGAAGCGCCUCUGAGAGACGGGCCAAUGGGAUGAGCCAACGACUCUUCAGCCAGAGCAGUUUCGACCAAUCAGGGGACAGCUUCUAUCGUCACCCAAACAGGCAGGCUAGUUUCGACCAAUCACGGGAGAGCUUUGGCCAGCAACACUACAGCCAAGGCAGCUUCAACCAAUCAAUGGGUAGCUUACGCUUGCCGCAGACCAGUCUAGGACAGCCAAUCAUCAUCAGUCAGGGGGAUGUCAACUCUAAAGGGCCUAAUCCUAUCAUAUGUAUCAAUGACAUUUAG